UUUCAAACGUUCGGCGGUGCUGACACGGUGAUCUUUUCUCUAGCCCCACCCGGAAACGGGGAAAAAAGACGUGUCUUCGGCUUUCAAUUUAUAUAAUUUGCAGAAAAUUUCAGCUUCUUCAUUCUGUUAGAGGCAGAACAUUGAAUAGUGCCACCCAUCAAGCUUCUGCUUGGAAACAGGCUACUGUAGUCUAAUUGCUGACCCAGGAUAGUGUUCUAAGUAUUUAAGGAUUUAAGAUGUCUGGCUGCAGCAUGGAUACUGACAUAGCCUGCGGCUUCGGCAGCCUUAAACAGUACAAAUAUUUUAAUGACUCCGUUGAUGAAAAUUACACAAUUCUACUGGAUCGCUGGUCCGAAAAUGUUACCGACUUCCUUAUGGAACGAUCAAACACGUUCAGAAUUACCAUCAUCGUUGUAUAUCUGUUUGUUUGUAUAGUGGGACUAGUGGGCAACUGUCUGGUAAUGUACGUUAUCGUCAGAUACACAAAGAUGAAGACAGCGACAAACAUCUAUAUUUUCAAUUUAGCACUUGCAGAUGCAUUAGAAUUAAUCACACUACCUUUCCAGGCAACUGACACUCUUCUGGGAUUCUGGCCUUUUGGAAAUAUACUGUGUAAAAUAGCAAUAUCAAUUGACUAUUACAACAUGUUCACCAGCAUCUUUACACUGACAGUGAUGAGUGUUGAUCGGUAUAUAGCCGUCUGCCACCCUGUUAAAGCAUUAGAUAUAAGAACCCCUUUUAAUGCAAAGGUUGUUAAUGUGUGUAUUUGGGGACUCGCUUCCGUGAUUGGAAUACCAGCAAUGAUUAUGGGAUCGGCUGAAACUGAAAACAAUGAAAUUGAAUGCCUUCUGGUUCAUCCACAACCACACAAUUAUUGGAAGCCGACAAUCGAAAUAGCUGUUUUCCUUUUCUCCUUUGUUAUUCCAGUUGCUAUCAUAACAGUUUGCUACACAUUAAUGUUAAGGCGGUUAAGAAGUGUACGUGUACUUUCUGGGUCAAAAGAGAAGGACAGAAACUUGCGUAGAAUCACAAGAAUGGUCUUAGUGGUUGUGGCAGUCUUCAUCAUCUGUUGGACUCCAAUCCACAUUCUAGUGCUUGUACAAGUUGCCUGUAAUCAUGAAAUCAUGACAAUUAUGCCAAGCUGGUAUUUUUGUGUUGCUCUUGGAUAUGCCAACAGCAGCCUGAAUCCUGUUCUUUAUGCCUUUCUGGAUGAAAACUUCAAAAGGUGCUUUAAGGAAUUUUGCUUUCCCUCCACUUUUAAAAAAGAACCGAAGGUGUCAAAUGGGAUGAGAAGUAUCACAAAAGGUGUUGCUUACUCAUGUAAAAAUACAGAUGGCACAGAAAAUGUUGCAUGACUGGAGACAGCAACUGUUUCACUUAAUAGCCACCAAGAGAACAAAAUUAAUGGAAACAUGGAGCUGGCUCAAUUUGUGCAGAUCUUUAAAAAUGUGUACUUACUGCUGCAUUUUAAACUUGAAUGAGGGGGCUACGUUUCUGAUUUUAAUAAAUCAAGAGUUUUAAAAUGAUCAAAACCAAUUAAUGAGCAAUCAUCAUUGGUGGGUAAUGAAUUAGAAUCUGAAACAUAAUGUGAAUCAUUUUAAGAAUUAAAAUUAACACAAGCAAGUUAAAAUAACAGCGGGUUAGUUUUUCAAAUGAGAUCAGCUUUUCCCUAGCAAUUUGUGAUGGGUGAACCAACUCUUCAAGUUACAAUAAUGUUUGUCUACAUGAACAGUAUUUACUUACGUCAGCUAUGUUAAUGAACAUUGUGAUUAAAGUCUUAUUGCAUGCUAAUGAAAUAUUUACUCCUUUCAUCAUACAAGUAACUGUGAUAGUUUCAAUACAAAAUCAAUUAUAAUAAUGUCUGUUUUUUUGUGACUGAAUGCAAAAACCCAUUUUGUUACUUUCAGUAUUCCAGUUUGUGGCUGUUUGAGUGUAAAGCACAGAAUAAUCUUAAAAACAUUAAAGGUUUUGUAUUUACAGUGUUACAUUUAGGGCUAUAUAACUGUAAGCACAGAGUAAGCUUAAAAAACUAUACAUUUUUGAAUGCGUGUUGCUGUGAUCAAAUAACUAAGAGGAAGGACAAAACGCUUCUGUUUCUUAAAGUAUCUUAAAGCACUCUUAUCAAAGUUUGAAAAUAUCCAUGUGAUUGUAAUAAAAGUAUUGCAGGGCACAAGCUGAAAUAGUACUGCUUAUUGGCCCGUACUUCAGCAGUAACAUGGGAAAAAAAACAUGCACUUAAACUUCUGCUCUGUGUAGGUCUUUUCAUUUAAGAUUGGGUGGAAUUUUUAAUCAUUACAAUAUGAUCUCCCAUUACGAGAGCUACUUUACCCAUAGAAACAUUGACUUCUACAUGUUUACAAGUUGAAGCAGAUAAUUUUGAAAACAAUAUGUUCUAAAUUAUCACCAUAAAAUUUCUAUUGAUUGGCAAAUGCAAAAAUGGAGCUUGUAAAUACUCUGUGAAUUUAGCAUUUAAUACUGGACAAAUUAACAUCCAACUUAUCUGUAUUAUUUCACCAAAGAUGCAUUCUCAUUUUCCAGUGUUAGAAAAGCAGAUCGAAGAACUGGUAUCUGAAUACAUUAAGCAUUUGUACUCUGACAGUGCACUGCGUAAUUAUAAGAUCACAGUCACUCAGAUACUCAUGGGUGACAGUUCUUUUCUACAAUUAUAUCAAGGAUAUUUGCAGUUUCUUAUAAGAAGUAUGUUAACUUGCAUAAAUGUUUAAAAUAUUUAUGUUUGUAUUGCAACACUUCAGACGUUGGCACAUAAUGGAUUCUAUUUGGAGUGUCGUGACUGAUAAUGUAAAAAUUUGUUUAAUAAAUUUUGGUCUAUUGAUCAAUAAUUUAACUGUAUUUAUGUUAAUUGAAGAAAUGUUCAGUUAAAUGGAAGAACUAUUUUCACUACGUAUAUGUAAAUCUUUAUACUAAAGCAAUGUUAUCAUAUGUAUUUCUUGAAUGUUCCAGAUACUUACUGUUGCCAAUAUUUUAUGCCGCAUUAAAAUUCUAAUG